CAGCCCCCCAUAUUGGUUUGACGGCCCGACCAUGAGCGUGUUCAACCUGACGGACAGCAUCACGUGUCAUGCAUGGAACCAAGACCGCUCAAAGGUGGCCAUCUGCCCCAACACAAAUGAAAUCUGGAUCUAUUCGAACUGCCACGCACCGGACGCGUCGCAGUGGCGCAAAGAAGCUGUCUUGACGGAGCACGAUAUGGUCGUGAGUGGGUUGGAUUGGUCCCCCGUACACGAUAUGCUUGUGUCGUGCUCGCACGACCGAUCUGCGUUCGUAUGGAAGUACGAGCCUAGUGAACGCAAGUGGAAACCGUCCCUUGUGGUGCUUCGCAUCACCCGCGCCGCUAUGACGGUCAAGUGGAGUCCCGAUGGUAAGAAGUUUGCUGUCGGAAGCAGCGCGAAGUGUGUGUCGGUCUGCUAUUAUGUGCAGGCCGACAACUGGUGGAUCAGUAAAGUGAUCAAGAAGCACAAGUCCACUGUCGUUGACGUGGACUGGCAUCCCAACUCGCAACUCCUGUUGACUGCGUCCACGGAUAUGCAAUGCCGAGUCUUUGCCGCGUACAUUUCGGACGUCGAUGGUUCGCCGGACGCCGGUCCGUUCGCAGCUAUGGCGCCGUUUGGAGAAGUCAUGGCGGAAUUUGACAACGCCAAUGCGUGGGUGAACGCCGCGGUGUGGUCACCAUCGGGCACUCGCUUGGCAUUUGCCGGCCAUGGAUCGUCGAUUCACUUUGUUCAAUUCGGACGACCCGGCGAAGCGCCCAAGCUGCAGGUGGAGUGUUCAAGUGCUUGUGGCCUGUCAGUGUGCCGACAGUGUUUGUCACUGUCAGUCUUGUGCUUUUUGAACGCAUAUGGCUUUGCCGGCAUGCCGAGUCUUGAUGAAUGUAUUUGCUUUGGUCCCCAUGGCCAUCUCGAUGUAGAAACUCUACACGGUGGAGUGGUUUCAUCCGUGUUUGGCUGAUGUUGAAUGAUGCCGCCGGUGUUCUUGUUGAAUCGGUUUGCCUGGCAUGAUUGUCCUGUUUACAUCGAUGGUCGUCGCGCGUAGACUAUUCGCUUCUCGCAUCUGCCGUUGACCCGAUUGCUGUUCCUAUCGAACGAUGCGGUCGUCGGGUGUGGCCAUGACUUCAACCUGCUCCUCUUCACGACGUCGGCACAAGGCUUUUGGUCGUUCUCCGAGCUACUGGACAAGAAGAGCUCGGCCGGCACGGCCGCCAAGGCAGACAACAGCGAGUUUAACAACGUGCGCAAACUCUGGGACAGCAAAGUGAACCGCGGUCAGUCGGCGGAGGCAACUUCGGGCGACAAGGGAGCACUUUGGACGAAACACGAGAACACGAUCACGAGCAUCCAAGUGUUGAAAGCGUCUCCGAACGGACACGUGACUGAGUUUUCGACGUCCGGGCUGGACGGCCGCGUUGUCACGUGGAAACUCAACAGCUUGAACUUGGACAUGGCCAAGUUGCGCCUCUAAGUGGAUUAAAACGCCCGACGCUCACCUCAGCGAGUAACAUGCGAAGCCAACCAUGGUAGUCGUUUGUACUCUGUGGUAUUUGCGUGGAACCAAGCCAGCCACUCUUGCUCGA